AUGGCACAAUCAUCCAACCCGUAUCAACCCCAAACUCAACAGCAAACGCAAGCAUACCCUUCCGUCCGUCAAGCAACCCGAAAGAAGCAACAAAAUCCACUCGGGGACUAUGCAGCUCCCAAUACCUCGACCGCAUUACAACCAGUGCGGCGCACCAUGUCCCCUUCACCCUCCGUCACCGAAGAUGAGGCAAUAGACAUAGGGGAGACCGCAAGUGAACGAGCUCGAGGGAAACUCGCGAGACAGGCCACCGGACAGGAUAUGACCCAGAUGCCGGAGCAGGAGGAUACGGGGCUGAAGUUACGGCUGGAUCUGAAUCUCGAUGUCGAGGUCGAGUUGAAGGCGAAGAUUCAUGGGGAUAUUACGCUGGCUUUAUUGUGA